UCAAUGGCUUGGUGAGAGAGUCGUGAGAUGUCAGCGGACUUUGGUGGGGUGGUUUGUCGUCUUUUCAGCCCCUCAAUCCGUCGCCGAAGAUCGCCCCGACGUCACAGCCGUUCGGCCAGCGCCGACGCUCAACACCCAGCAUUUUGCCUAUUGCUCUUCAGCCCGGUGCCUAGACCCUGCGAGCCUCCCGUUGAUUUGCUGCCAUCAAACCACUUCUACCAGCAUUAUCUGCAACCUCGACUUCUUCGAGCUCUCGGCGUCGCAUCGGUCAAAAUCCGCCGGUCAAGCCAUCGUACCACCACAUCUAACCUUAACCUAGCCCACCGCCGCCUCACAUCACCACCGCCCACUUGAAACAACACAAUGGCAGCAACCGGCACUCCGCGCGUCUCCACGCCCGCCACGCCCGCCUCGCGUUCCUUCUCCCAUGCCCCGACCAGCAGCAAGUCGCUCGCCAACACCGGCAGCGCCCAGCCUGACACGCCGCAGCUGCCGCCGCCCGCAAGCUUCGACGUCCUUCCGCACCUGCAUACAUUGCUCGGCCGUCUGCUCAUCCCCGCUGGCGACGACGCGUCCGCCAAACCUGGCGAUGGCACCGGUGCAGGCCAGCAGGGCGCUGCCGAUGACAAGGCGUCUGACGCCGCGCCUCUCGACAUCCAACAGCUGACGGCGGCGAGCUCGGGACUGAAGACGCGGUUGCAGAAGGCGAGGCAGGCGUGCGCGCGGCUCGGGGAUGUGGACCGUACCGUCGACGAGCAGAUGGAGGAGAUGGAAGAGCUCGAGGAACGCGUCAGAAAGCUGCGGCAGACGUUGAACAGGCUGGGCGUGGGUGUGGAGAACGGAGCUAGGCAGAGCGAAUCCAGGGACGUGUUGAUGCGGUAGAGUAGGACGUCGACAUGAGUUCUACCUACCACGUCGACAAACCGCCGUUAUCGGUUGAGGACUGCCCGAGACCGCGAUGCGUUCACCUCCCGCCGAGACCAAAUGAGUCGCGGCCACAUUGAAUCUCUGAGCAUCAGGACGGCAUGAAAACUAGACCGACCGACAAAUUUCCAGCAACUUCCGAGUUUUAUGGGGUUAUUUGUGCGAGUACAUACAGUUCCUUUGGAUGAGGCAGCAAAGGCA